CUCGCCGCGAUGCCGGUGAAGAACCGGUACAACCUGGUGGACGAUGGCUGCGACUCGCGCGUCCCGCUGCACAACGAGGAAGCCUUCCAGCACGGCAUCCACUUCCAGGCCAAGCACCUCGUUCCAGUUGACCUGUUCGCUGCAUGGAAAGCUACACAGUAUAUCGGUAGCUUGGAUGUUCCAAGGCCCAACAGCCGUGUGGAGAUUGUGGCAGCCAUGAGGAGGAUUCGGUACGAGUUCAAAGCCAAGAACAUUAAGAAGAAGAAGGUGAACAUCAUCGUCUCUGUGGAUGGUGUGAAGGUGAUUCUGCGCAAGAAACAGAAGAGAAAGGAGUGGACCUGGGAUGAGAGUAAAAUGGUAGUGAUGCACGAUCCUGUGUACAGAAUCUUCUAUGUGUCUCAUGAUUCUCAAGAUUUGAAAAUUUUUAGCUACAUUGCGAGGGACGGUGCUAACAACUCCUUCAGGUGCAACGUCUUCAAAUCUAAAAAGAAGAGCCAGGCCAUGCGAGUGGUGCGCACGGUAGGGCAGGCCUUCGAGGUGUGCCACAAACUGAGCCUGCAGCACGCCCUGCAAAAUGCUGACGGCCAGGCAGACGGUGCCAGUGACAAGUCUGUGGAGGAGCAGCCACUAGAAGUUCACCAGAUGAAGGGCUCCAAGAUCACAGACGUGGAUGAGGUUGGCAUCGACACUGAUGGGAUCUGUGUGUCUGAGAGGGGACCUGGAGAGCUACCCACUGCCAGGGCUGAGCUCGGCAUGCUGAAGCCUGGACAGGUCUCGAAAGACAAGAGCUGCCAGGACUCCGAGAACUGCUCCCUCUACCCGUCCGGCUCCCAGCAACUGCUCAGCCCGAGCAGCCCCUGCUCCUCGGCCUCCAUCACCCCCCUCGCGUCUCAGCACUGCCUGCAGCUCCUCCAGCAGCAGCUCCUCCAGCAGCAGCAGCAGACGCAGGUGGCUGUGGCUCAGGUGCAGCUACUGAAGGAUCAGCUGGCGGCCGAGACGGCGGCGCGCAUCGAGGCGCAGGCACGGGUGCGGCAGCUGCUGCUGACCAACCGGGACCUGCUGCAGCACGUCUCCCUGCUGGUGAGGCAGCUCAAGGAGCUGGAGGUGAAGGCACAGCGCCGGCAGCCAGUCGACCGCUCCUUACAGAACCUGUCUCUGGCCCAGUCUCUGUCACUGAACCUGAAGAACCACUACAGCCUGGACAUCAACUUGCCAUCCACCUCCACCCCUGCCAGCAUCCUGGGCAGCCCUGUGGCCCCUGGCUCGCUCUCAGCCCUGGCCUUAGGGGAUUCCUACCUCAACCUCCUCAGCCUGGAGAGGGGCGGCCCCUGCUACGACGGCAAGGAGGGGGAUGAGUGCUUGGCUGUGCUGGAGGGGCAGGACGGGCUCAGCAGGCGCGUGGAGGGCUCCGAGGUCAGCGAGUUUGCUCUGCUCAACGGGAGCAGCCGGCAAAAGACAGACGACACUGACAGCAGGGUGGAUGAGGACAGGCGACAGCAGCCCAUUCCCAAGAUCAACCCCCCACCACCCAUCCUACGCAAAAGGUCAAGCAAGACCUCCCCAAGCCUGGAGGUGGAGGCCAAGCCUGAGACCACAACCCACAUGAGCCUUCCCAGCCCCAGCUUGUCCAGCCUCACCAACAUCACUGCCAGCUCUCUCACCCUCUUGGACCCUGAGGUGAGGACUCCCACCCAGAGCAUAGCCUCCAGCAUGGAGAUCGUCCCUGCUGGGACCUCCCAGCGCGCUCUCGGGAAGGACAGGACUGGCGAGAACGGACACCUGUCCCCCCUAUCCAGCAUCCAUGACACUGCAACGGGUGAGGCCCUGGGCAAGGACCUAGCCUCCCUGGCCAGCCCCAUGGACAACACACUGCCGUUUUCCCCAGUGGACAAUACCUGCUUGCACAUCAGCUUCUCGGAAGAUGAGCUGCUUGAACCAGAGCUAGAUGCUGCUCUGGGACCUAGCAGGGUCCCCACUUAGCUGGACCACUCCUCGGCAGCUGGCAGGCAGUCCCAGCAGCUCCAUCUGCCUUGCUCCACCAGCCUGCGUGGGUUAGGGGGCCCCUCUGUGCCUGGGCUGGGAAGCAAGUCUCUUCGCUGUCCCUUCUCCAUGCAGUAGCUCCCCUGGCGCAUGUGGGGCUGCCAGAGCACAACAUGACGUGACCUGUUCAGCCCCUGUCCUUGAGCUGCAGCAGCUCACGCUGCAUCAAGCCCCAGGGCUGCAAGGGGUCCUCAUUACCUUCCCUCUGCCCCAGCCCCUCUGUCCACUCUCGGGUCACACGCAGGUCGUUAAACAGUCCCUGCCUGGGGCACUCGCUCCGACUUGCUCUCCAGCAGAGGCAACCAUGCUUGGUCAUUGCUACAGCCCCUUUUGCUGCUGGGCUGCCGCAGACAGUCCCGCCACACCACAUCCGUCCCGCAGCAAAUGGUGCCUUGCCCAGCCCCGUGGCAGGGCCUGCAGCUGUCGCCGGCGGCGGAGUCCGGGAAGCAGAGGUGCCUGCAAGCCUCAGCGCUGCUGAUCGGCAGGGCCCCUGCGUGCAGGCACAGGAGGCACUGGUUUGGCUCGCGCCGAGGAGCUUCCUUUGCAGGUAGCGCUGGCCAGGGGCCGCCUCGCUGCUAAACCAAGGCAUAAACUCAUCCUGCAACACUGCCUCCCCCGGAGCAGAGCCUGAGCAGCCAAGAUAUCCCCGCGGCACGGUGCAACGGGAGCCCGGCUGCAGGGCUGAGCCCCAGGACAGUGCCCCGAGCGCGGCAGGAGCCCGGCUGUACAGAGCCCCCGGGGUACAACAGCGCUGCCGGGGAGGCCACUAAUUCGGGACAGCAUUUGCGCUCCAAGCCCGUCGCUGCAGCGCCGACCGCCGCGGUCCCGGGACCGGGCGGCCUCGGCCUCCGCGGGAGGCAGGAGCUGGGCCAUCGCCUCCUGUGCCACGCGGAGCAGCCUCCUGCUGCCGGCCGCAGUGCUGCGCUCUUGCUCGGAUUUUGCAGUAUUAUGGUAUGGUUCAGGUUUAUACUUCGAAGCGUGGGAGGUUUGAAGAAGGAAAGGUUUAAGGAAGAUACUGAGCCCUGGGCACGGCCUGCAGGUCCCGUUUCAGCCCCGGAGCGAAAGCAGGGCUCUGGGAAGGGCUCCCAGGGUGGCGUUUGCCAAAGGUGGGUUUGUGGAAGUGUCGGAGGGUUGAGGUGGGAAGGUGCUGGGCAGCGACGGAGAUGAAGAGCAGCGGCAAGUGAGCAACCGCCUCCCGCGGCGGGCGCGCCGGCCCGGUGAGCCGGAGCGGCCGGGCGGCGCGGGCGGCAGAGCGGAGCGGAGCUGAGCGGAGCUGCCAGCCGACGGCAGAGGGCCCUGGCGACCAGCAGACGCUGCGCUCUCCCGGCGCGGUGGCUCCGGAGCCGCGCGGGCCUCUGCAACCCCGCGGCUGGGCUGCGCGUUAGUCUGGUAGAAACAGAGCAGCCGGUGGUUAGAGAAGAAAAUACGCCGCAGUUUGGUAAGAGACUUUCAAAGAGAAAAUAAAUGUGUCAGACUUUGCA